AGAAACUUGAGAUCAUUAUAUUGUAUCUGUAGCAGUUUACUUAACAAGUUUUUUACCAUUUGCUACAGAUAUUUUUGAUGAACACUACUUUCUUAAAUGUGUUGUUGAUAUGCAUUUCGUGCUAAUGAUUAUUGAUAAGUAGUACUUUUAUAGUUCUCUUCGAUAGAUUGCUUGCAAUUAUCUAGUUGAUUAAUUAAUGCAGCUGUGUUCACUCUUCCGAGUCACUCGAACUAUCGAUAGAUUGCUUGCAAUUAUCUAGUUGAUUAAUUAAUGCAGCUGUGUUCACUCUUCCGAGUCACUCGAACUAAAAUGAGUUGGUAAAGUGAGUAUUUAUGAGUCAUUUUAUUCAACAUGUUCAAUAUAUCUAUUGUGAAGUAUUAUGCAAAGUAUGGAAAUUCGUAAAUAAUAUUGGCAAAAUUGUGCCAAUAUUAUUUAGAGCACUUAACUUCACUUACGACCGAAAGAAAAGCCGUUGGUGACUAUAUUCUUGCCAAAAUUCAUAUAUAGUUGCUGAUUGUAUACUAGUUUUUAGAAUAUCAAUUGAUAUUAAUUUUAAAUUAUAUUCAAUAAUUGGCAUUUCAUUUAAAAUGAUAAGUAUAAUUUUGAUUGGGAUGACUGAAUAUUUUCGAUAUUUAUGACUAUUAUAAUUUGGAAGGUUAAUUUUGAAUAGUUAGAAAUGAUUUCAAGAAUUUAUUCCUGUAGUUUAUGUAAUAUGUGUCAAUUCCUUUUUAUGUAUAUUAAGACGUAUGUCAAAUGUUAUUAUAUAAAAGUUUUCGUAUUAUUAUAUUUUGGUAGUUAAUCUUUAUAGCAAACAAAUUUCAAAUAUGUAUAUUAUUUACACAUACAUAUUCAGAAGAUAUUAAAAUAACAAGUAAGCUGCUCCAGAGCUCUUAACCCCAAACAUGACGACUAGGAAAGAGCAAAAUAAAUAUUUCAGUCCACAUUUCGAACCUGCUGGACAAGUAAAUUUUCUUUUAAUUUUGAAACAUGGAUUAAGUUCUUAUAAGUUCUUAUUCAUUUACUUUUGUGAUGUAAUUGGAUCGAUUUUUUUGUAUAUUAUACCAUGUGAAGCAAACACAUGAAUUUAGCUUUAAACAUUUCAGGCCUGGUUCUCAUUUCUAUGUAUACAGGUUGGAUAGUUUUAUAAUUAAUAUGCUCUAUAUGAUAUCAUGAUUUGAUAUUGUGUUUGUUUGAUGUUUAAUAAAUGUUAUCCAAACUAAUCGCCUCUAGUUGGUAAUGAUGUAAUUCGAUACUCAUAAGUUGUUUUUGAUAUCAAUAAUCAAAUUUGUUUAGAUAUGUGCAAUAGAUCACUGUGAAUAUAUGAGUAACAGGUUGUGUAGUGUAAUAAGUGUGAGUGAAGAAUCUUUGAAUUUAUAACUUAAAUCCAUUGAUUUUAAUUGCUAAGUUGAGAAUGGAAUGGUACUGUUUAUGUCAAGUGUUCAUUUCUUCUUAUUUGUGUACAACUUUAAUAACAUGUCAGAAUGCUAUUAAGUAUUAUUCCACCAGUGCAAGAGUAAUUCCUUUUCCUUAGAAUUUUUGAUAGCUUCCUGGGGCGUAGAAAGCUUAUUCAUGUACAGAGUUUGUUAAGUAUCAGCUCAAUAGAGGUAGUUAGGAGUUAAAGUAAAUGCCUUGUCAUCAUGUAAUUACGGGGUUGUUGAAAUUGUGCAAGAUAGGACUUAAAAGAACUUUUUCUUUGAGCUAAUUACGUGCACCCACAAGGUUCCCUUAAUUGCCAGAAGAAAAACAUAAUAAGAGUUGCUCGAUGAAAAAUUCCCAUGUUAUAACCGAUUGCUUUGCUCGUAAGGUUUGAAACCAAAUGUCCUAUCCUAGUGCAAUGUUGCAUAUAUAGGACAGUAAGUUGAGCCCCAAAUAAUAUAUGUCAGUAUUAGUUAUGACACCCACAAGCGAAACACUAAUCAGAUUACGGAAACCUUUAUAUUCCGGGGGUGGUGUAGGCAUACAGUGACUAGACUCAGAUGAGUCAACUCUGAACAGGAAAACAAAUAAGAUUGUAUUUUGUAGGCACUGGAUGUACGAUUAUGAAGUUCCAGUUCCCUAACUCCGGUGUUUGAUAUGUUUUCAACCCAAAUAUCUAUAUCUGAAUAGAGAUAAAGAGGCAGAUCAUUAGGAAUGCAAAGAAUAAACUCUAAUAUGAGACCAUUACGAGAUAAAAGAAUACUGCUGACAGUUCUUGAAAAUUCAUAUAGUUUAGUUUCUCUACUUCUGAAAGGAAACUUUUGAGAAAGCCGGUUGAAGAAAAGGUUAUCAAAAACUAGGUGUGUGUGCAUUUCCCAUUUACCCCUCCAUGUUUUUGAGAGUAUGCUCAUUCUUGUUACAUAUCAACUAGUAAUCGCUUUUGAAUAAGGUCUAGUAAGUCACUAGGCAUGUCACUAAUAAUAUCAACCGCGUCUUCACAAUCAAGCCGUCUUGUGUUAGCAUUACUAGUCAUAUAUCUGAAUAUUAGAAGAAGUAAGAACUAAACUGAAAAGAUUUACAAACAAUAAUACUAUAAUAUAAAUAUAAUUAAGUAUAUUUGUAGUGGUCAACUGGGUAGCAGCAAUUAAUCAAAUUUAUCGUAGCACACAAUUUAAAGAACAUUUAUCCAUAAGAGCCAUAUAUCAUAUAUGUAAAUAAUUCAACUAAGCCAUUAUCACAUUUGGAAAAAAGUGGCAAAAUCAUUUUCGUAUAUAUUAGCGAAAGUUUAACAGUUAAUUAAAACCCCUAAAUCAAAGAUAGAAAAAGAUCAUGUGAGAUAUCAACAUACAUAAAAACAUUGAUUUAUUCAAAAAGUUGAUGAUUCAUAUAUAUAUAUAUAUAUACACACAUACAUAUAUUUAAACAUAUAUAUAUUUGAUACAUGUAUUGGUGGGAGUGAGACAUUAUGAGUGUGGCGGAAUGAGGAAAGAAAUGUGAGGAUUAGUGAUACAACCCUAAUUCUUAAUUAUGUAAUCUGUAUAACGAUGUCGUGUAAUCAGUUGACUGCAAGAUAUUUGCAUAUGCUAGAAAACCGUAUCGUAUGGAACAGAACAUUCUAAAAUGGCUAAACACAACACUGUUUAAGGAUAAUAUUUACAAAUCAUUUUUAUUUAUUUAUUUCCAUUUUAGGGGCAGUAUGUUGAUACUCGUGUACAGGGAAACAACUAUCAACAUAUGUAGACAUUCCCCUGCCUAAAUAACAACCUGCCUCGAAAAUGGAAAUAAAUAUAAAAAGAAAUGUUUUGUAGAUGUUAUCCUUAAAUGAUGUCGUGUUUAGCCAUUCUAGAAUGUUCUUUUUCAUAUGAUGCCGUUUUCUAGCAUAUGCAAAUAUUUUGCAGUCAAAUGAUUACAGGACGUCGUUAUAGAGAUUACAUAAUUAAGAAUUAGGAUUGUAUCGCUAAUUCUCACAUUCUUUCCUCACUCCGCCGCGCUCAUGUUGUCUCACUCCCAGCAAAGGUAUCAAAUGUUUAUAUAUAUUUAUGUGUGUGUGCGUGUAUUUGAAUCAUUGUUUUUUUGAAUAUAUCAAUGUCUUUAUGUAUGUUGAUAUCUCACAUAAUAUUUUUUUCCAUUUUUGCUAUGGGUUUUAAUUAAUUGUUGAACUUUCGCUAAUAUAUAUGAAAAUGGUUUUGGCACUUUUUUCCAUAUGUGUUAAUGGUUUAGUUGAAUUGUUUACAUACUCGGCUGUGAUGCAUAAAUGUUCAUUAAUAUCAGUACUAUGAUAAGUUCGAUUAAUUGUGACUACCUAGUUGGUCACUAUAUAUUGUAGUAUUACUGUUUGUAAAAUUCUUUUCAGUUUGAUUCUUACUUCUUUUAAGUAUUCAGAGAUAAGGCCAGUGAUGCUAACACAAGGCGGCUUGAUUGUGGAGACGCAGUUGAUAUUGUCAGUGACUUGCCCGGUGACUUAUUAGACCUUAUUCUAAAGCGAUUGCCGGUUGACUGUGUAGGAAGAAUGUGCAUUCUCUCAAAAACAUGGAGGGUGAAAUGGGAAAUGCACCCACACCUAGUUUUUGAUGACCUUUUCUUCAACCGGCUUUCUUAGAGGUUUCCUUCCAGAAGUAGAGAAACUAAACUAUAUGAAUUUUCAAAAACUGUCAGCAGUAGUCUUUUAUCUCGUAGUGGUCUCAUAUUGAAGUUUGUUCUUUGCAUUCCUCAUGAUUUGUUUCUUCAUCUCUAAUUAGAUAUAGAUAUUUGGAUUAAAAACAUAACAAACAAUGGAGUUAGGGAAGUGCAACUUCAUAAUCGUACAUUGAGUGCCUACAAAAUACCAUCUUAUUUGUUUUCCUGUUCAGAGUUGACUCAUUUGUUUCUAAGUUGUUGUAUGCUCACACCACCCCGGAAAUUUGAAUACUUUUUUAAUCUGAUUACUGUUUUGCUUGUGGGUGUCUUAAUUACAACUGACAUUUCAUUUGGGGCUCAACUUACUGACCUACAUUUGCAACGUUGCAUUGGGAUUGAACAUUUGGGAUGUCAAUAUUAAUAUUAUAUCAAUCUCACUUUUCUGAGUAUUAGCCAUUGUGAUGUAAUUGGAUCAAAUUUCUUAUAUAUAAUCCCAUGUGAAGCAAACACAUGAAUUUAGCUCUAUACAUUUCAGGCCUGGUUCUCAUUUCUAUGUAUACAACUUGGAUAGUUUUAUGAUUAAUAUGCUGGAUAUGAUACCAUGAUUUGAUAUUGCGUUUGUUGGAUGUUUAAUAAAUGUUAUCCAAACUAAUUGCCUCUAGUUGGUAAUGAUGUAAUUCGAUUUUCAUAGGUUGUUUUUGAUAUCAAUAAUCAAAUUUUUUAGAUAUGUGCAACAGAUCACUGUGAAUAUAUGCGUAACAGGUCACUGUGUAGUGUAAUAAGUGUGAGUGAAGUAUGUUUGAAUUUAUAACUCAAAUCCAAUGAUUUAAUUGCUAAUUUGAGAAUGGAAUGGUAGUGUUUAUGUCAAGUGUUCAUUUUCUUCUUAUUUGUGUACAACUUUAAUAACAUGUCAUAAUGCUAUUAAGUAUUAUUCCACCAGUCCAAGAGUAAUUCCUUUUCCUUAGAAUUUUCGAUAGCUUCCCGGGGGCGUAGAAGGCUUAUUAAUAUACAGAUUUUGUUAAGUAUAAGCUCAAUAGAAGUAGUCCGGUGUUAAGUAAAUUCCUUGUCAUCAUGUACAUACGGGGUUGUUCCAAAUUGUGCAACAUAGGACUAAAAAGAACUUUUUCUUUGAGGUAAUUACCUUCACGCACAAGGUUCUCUUAUUUGCCAGAAGAAAAUAAUAAGAGUUCCUUGAUGAAAAAUUCCCAUGUCAUAAUCGAUUGCUCCGCUCGUAAGGUUUGAAACCAAAUGUUCAAUCACUACAACGUUGCAUAUAUAGGUUAGUAAGUUGAGCCCAAAUGAUGUCGGUAUUAACUAUGACACCCACAAGCGGAACACUAUUCAGAUUACGGAAACCUUCAUAUUUCGGGGGUGGUGUAGGCAUACAGUGACUUAAAUCAGAUGAGUCAAUUCUGAACAUGAAAACAAAUAAGAUGGUAUUUUGUAGGCACUGGUUGUACGAUUGUGAAGUUUCACUUCCCUAACUCCACAGUUUGAUAUGUUUUUAAUCCAAAUAUCUAUAUCUGAAUAGAGAUGAAGAGGCAGAUCAUUAGGAUUGCAAAGAAUAAACUUCAAUAUGAGACCUCCACAAGAUAAAAGAAUACUGCUGCCGGUUAUUGAAAAUUCAUAUAGUUUAGUUUCUCUAAUUCUGAAAGGAAACCUCUGAGAAAGCCGGUUGAAGAAAAGGUCAUCAAAAACUAGGUGUGAGUGCAUUUCCCAUAUACCCCUUUAUGUUUUUGAGAGAAUGCUCAUUCUUGCUACACAGUCAACCGGCAAUCACUUUUGAAUUAGGUCUAGUAAGUCACUGGGCAUGUCACUUUUGAAUUAGACCUUAUUCUAUAGCGAUUGCCGGUUGACUGUAUUGCAAGAAUGUGCAUUCUCUCAAAAACAUGGAGGGGUAAAUGAGAAAUGGACCCACACCUAGUUUUUGAUGACCUUUUCUUCAACCGGCUUUCUUAGAGGUUUCCUUCCAGAAGUAGAGAAACUAAACUAUAUGAAUUUUCAAGAACCGUCAGCAGUAGUCUUUUAUCUCGUAGUGGUAUCAUAUUGAAGUUUGUUCUUUGCAUUCCUCAUGAUUUGAUUCUUCAUCUCUAUUUAGAUAUAGUUAUUUGGAUUAAAAACAUAACAAACAAUGGAGUUAGGGAAGUGCAACUUCAUAAUCGUACAUUGAGUGCCUACAAAAUACCAUCUUAUUUGUUUUCCUGUUCAGAGUUGACUCAUUUGUUUCUAAGUUGUAUGCUAACACCACCCCGGAAAUUUGAAGACUUCCGUAAUCUGAUUACUGUUUUGCUUGUGGGUGUCAUAAUUACAACUGACAUUUCAUUUGGGGCUCAACUUGUUGACCUACAUUUGCAACGUUGCAUUGGGAUUGAACUUUUGGGAUGUCAAUAUAAAUAUUAUAUCAAUCUCACUUUUCUGAGUAUUAGCCAUUGUGAUGUAAUUGGAUCAAAUUUCUUGUAUAUAAUCCCAUGUGAAGCAAACACACGAAUUUAGCUCUAUACAUUUCAGGCCUGGUUCUCAUUUCUAUGUAUACAACUUGGAUAGUUUUAUGAUUAAUAUGCUCGAUAUGAUUUUAAUAAAUGUUAUCCAAACUAAUUGCCUCUAGUUGGUAAUGAUGUAAUUCGAUUUUCAUAGGUAGUUUUUGAUAUCAAUAAUCAAAUUUUUUAGAUAUGUGCAAUAGAUCACUGUGAAUAUAUGCGUAACAGGUCACUGUGAAGUGUAAUAAGUGUGGUGAAGUAUGUUUGAAUUUAUAACUCAAAUCCAAUGAUUUAAUUGCUAAUUUGAGAAUGGAAUGGUACUGUUUAUGUCAAGUGUUCAUUUUCUUCUUAUUUGUGUACAACUUUAAUAACAUGUCAGAAUGCUAUUAAGUAUUAUUCCACCGGUCCAAGAGUAUUUCCUUUUCCUUAGAAUUUUCGAUAGCUUCCCGGGGGCGUAGAAGGCUUAUUAAUAUACAGAUUUUGUUAAGCAUAAGCUCAAUAGAAGUAGUUGGGUGUUGAGUAAAUUCCUUGUCAUCAUGUACAUACGGGGUUGUUCCUAAUUGUGCAACAUAGGACUAAAAAGAACUUUUUCUUUGAGGUAAUUACCUUCACGCACAAGGUUCUCUUAUUUGCCAGAAGAAAAUAAUAAGAGUUCCGCGAUGAAAAAUUCCCAUGUCAUAAUUGAUUGCUCCGCUCGUAAGGUUUGAAAUCAAAUGUUCAAUCACACUACAACGUUGCCAAUAUAGGUUAGUAAGUUGAGCCCAAAUGAUGUCAGUAUUAACUAUGACACCCACAAGCGGAACACUAUUCAGAUUACGGAAACCUUCAUAUUUCGGGGGUGGUGUAGGCAUACAGUGACUUAGAUCAGAUGAGUCAAUUCUGAACAUGAAAACAAAUAAGAUGGUAUUUUGUAGGCACUGGUUGUAUGAUUGUGAAGUUUCACUUCCCUAACUCCACAGUUUGAUAUGUUUUUAAUCCAAAUAUCUAUAUCUGAAUAGAGAUGAAGAGGCAGAUCAUUAGGAUUGCAAAGAAUAAACUUCAAUAUGAGACCUCCACGAGAUAAAAGAAUACUGCUGCCGGUUAUUGAAAAUUCAUAUAGUUUAGUUUCUCUAAUUCUGAAAGGAAACCUCUGAGAAAGCCGGUUGAAGAAAAGGUCAUCAAAAACUAGGUGUGAGUGCAUUUCCCAUAUACCCCUCUAUGUUUUUGAGAGAAUGCUCAUUCUUGCUACACAGUCAACCGGCAAUCACUUUUGAAUUAGGUAUAGUAAGUCACAGGGCAUGUCACUUUUGAAUUAGACCUUAUUCUAUAGCGAUUGCCGGUUGACUGUAUUGCAAGAAUGUGCAUUCUCUCAAAAACAUGGAGGGGUAAAUGAGAAAUGCACCCACACCUAGUUUUUGAUGACCUUUUCUUCAAUCGGCUUUCUUAGAGGUUUACUUCCAGAAUUAGAGAAACUAAACUAUAUGAAUUUUCAAGAACCGUCAGCAGUAGUCUUUUAUCUCGUAGUGGUAUCAUAUUGAAGUUUGUUCUUUGCAUUCCUCAUGAUUUGUUUCUUCAUCUCUAUUUAGAUAUAGUUAUUUGGAUUAAAAACAUAACAAACAAUGGAGUUAGGGAAGUGCAACUUCAUAAUCGUAUAUUGAGUGCCUACAAAAUACCAUCUUAUUUGUUUUCCUGUUCAGAGUUGACUUAUUUGAUUCUAAGUUGUAUGCUCACACCACCCCGGAAAUUUGAAGACUUCCGUAAUCUGAUUACUGUUUUGCUUGUGGGUGUCAUAAUUACAACUGGCAUUUCAUUUGGUGCUCAACUUGUUGACCUACAUUUGCAACGUUGCAUUGGGAUUGAACUUUUGGGAUGUCAAUAUAAAUAUUAUAUCAAUCUCACUUUUCUGAGUAUUAGCCAUUGUGAUGUAAUUGGAUCAAAUUUCUUGUAUAGAAUCCCAUGUGAAGGAAACACACGAAUUUAGCUCUAUACAUUUCAGGCCUGGUUCUCAUUUCUAUGUAUACAACUUGGAUAGUUUUAUGAUUAAUAUGCUCGAUAUGAUUUUAAUAAAUGUUAUCCAAACUAAUUGCCUCUAGUUGGUAAUGAUGUAAAUCGAUUUUCAUAGGUAGUUUUUGAUAUCAAUAAUCAAAUUUUUUAGAUAUAUGCAACAGAUCACUGUGAAUAUAUGCGUAACAGGUCACUGUGAAGUGUAAUAAGUGUGAGUGAAGUAUGUUUGAAUUUAUAACUCAAAUCCAAUGAUUUAAUUGCUAAUUUGAGAAUGGAAUGGUACUGUUUAUGUCAAGUGUUCAUUUUCUUCUUAUUUGUGUACAACUUUAAUAACAUGUCAGAAUGCUAUUAAGUAUUAUUCCAUCGGUCCAAGAGUAAUUCCUUUUCCUUAGAAUUUUCGAUAGCUUCUCGGGGGCGUAGAAGGCUUAUUAAUAUACAGAUUUUGUUAAGUAUAAGCUCAAUAGAAGUAGUCCGGUGUUAAGUAAAUUCCUUGUCAUCAUGUACAUACGGGGUUGUUCCUAAUUGUGCAACAUAGGACUAAAAAGAACUUUUUCUUUGAGGUAAUUACCUUCACGCACAAGGUUCUCUUAUUUGCCAGAAGAAAAUAAUAAGAGUUCCGCGAUGAAAAAUUCCCAUGUCAUAAUUGAUUGCUCCGCUCGUAAGGAACCUGAUGUGAAGUGGUAGUAUGUUAUGCACAAGGUGGAAACCUGGGAACGUAUGGUGUCAUCGGUUACACAAUAUUUGCAAUCACUACACUUGAUUGGCAUGGCUUUUGACCAACUCGAAACUGUGGAAUUAUAUGGAGUGAAUCUUUCGUCUGAGCUUCAGUCCAUAAAGCUUUUGCUUGCAUCUUCUCCUUCGCUUAAAUUGAUGAGAAUUUAUUACAUGAUUCAUGACCAUGAAGAAGCGUUCAGGGUUUCGCAAGAGUUAAUGAGAUUUUUUCAGGUGGAUGCAUUCACAGAAUCAGCGUUCAAGGGAAACCCAGCUGCAGUUUGUUUGUUAGAAGAGGAAAAAGAUGAGAAAUGGCUACAAUUGGUGGCCACUGAGUUCAAUCUCUCGGAGACAUGUUUCUUGACUAGGAUUGACUUGGAUUCGCCUAAUCCCAGGUUUCACCUCACAUGGUUCACUCCUGUUGCUGAGGUUAAACUUUGUGGCCAUGCAACUUUGGCGGCAUCCCACUUCAUCUUCUCAUCUGGUUUGGUGAAAGUGAAUGUGAUCGAGUUCAUGACACUGUCUGGAGUUUCGACUGCUAGGAGUGUUUCAAUGCCUGAAGUUUCUGUAUUAUCACAGUUGAAAAGUGAUGGUUUCUGUACAGAGUUGGAUUUUCCUGUCGUGCCACUGGUUGAAUAUACUUCUGCUGAGGUGUCUAACAUUUCACAAAGUUUAAAUGGCGCCUCUAUUGUUGACAUCAAGAAAAGGACUACAGAAGAUGACCUCCUUGUUGUGCUCUCAGCUGGAAAGACUGUUGCAGAAUUACAGCCGAUGUUUGAAAAGAUACAGAAACUUCCUUGCAGAGGAAUGACAGUAACAGCGCUUGCUCCCUCUGAAUCUGGGUUUGACAUAUACAGCCGCUUCUUUUAUCCUAAAUAUGGGAUUAAGGAGGAUCCUGUCACAGGCAGUGCACAUUGUGCCUUGGCACCCUAUUGGUGCCAAAAGCUGGGAAAAAGUGAUCUUGUUGCAUAUCAGGCAUCAACUAGAGGUGGCUUCAUAAGAUUACAUCUAGAUGAGAGGAAUCAAAGGGUAAUGCUCCAAGGGAAAGCUGUUACUGUGAUGGAAGGUUCUCUCCUAGUUUAUAUAUGGAGGUAUUCCUAGAAUGCCUAAAAUGAACCGGGAGCUAUUCAUAAUUAGAACAUCAGAAUCUUAAGAUCAUUAUAUUGUGUCUGUAACAGUUUACUUAACAAGUUUUUAUAGCUAUUUCUUGAUGAACACUAUUUUCUUAAAUGUGUUGUUGAUAUGUGUUUCGUGCUAAUGAUUAUUGAUAAGUAGUACUUUUA